AUCGCAAACAAGAUCUCUAACCACUGCAUUAUUGGCUAUAGAGAGUGAUCGCGAUCGUGGUAGCUCCUGGCUUUGUGAUCGAGACGAGCAAUGGCGUGCAAGGCAUUUGCGCUGUUCCUGGCCGUGAACCUGGUGGUGCUGGGCGUAGCCAGCGCCUGCUCGCCCUACUGCCCGACCCCGACCCCGACCCCCUCGACGCCGACGACGCCCACGCCCACGCCGUCGUCGUUCGGCAGGUGCCCCCGCGACGCGCUCAAGCUUGGCGUGUGCGCCAACGUGCUGGGCCUCAUCAAGGCGAAGGUGGGCGUGCCGCCCGCGGAGCCGUGCUGCCCGCUGCUGGAGGGUCUCGUCGACCUGGAGGCCGCCGUCUGCCUCUGCACCGCCAUCAAGGGCCAAAUCCUCGGCAUCAACCUCAACCUGCCUAUCGAUCUCAGCCUCAUCCUCAACUACUGCGGCAGGACCGUGCCCACCGGCUUCAAGUGCUGAGCUGAGCGCGUUCGCCUCCCUUGCAUGCAUAUGCACGCACACGAUGAUGAGUGAAUGAGUGAUGCAUAUUAUGGUUUGGUUGCAUUUCCACGUACGCGCGACGACUAGUCCGCAUCAUGCAUGUACGCAUGGCCGUGAUUUGUAUUCUCCCCGCCUGGCUGCUGCCUCUUUAUUUGCUCCCCGUGCAUUUGUCAUGUUGCAAAGAGUUAGCCGGCUGUCACUUGUAUGCCGGUGAUACAUAAGUUCCAAUCAAGUUUGUCUUGCGCUUUAUAUUUCAGUGUUUUGCAUGUUCUGAUCA